AUGUUCAUCCGCUCCAACUGCGGGCGGGACAGGCUCACCGCUCGCCCGGUCAGGAGGCUCCGGGCUCAUCCGGAUGGCAAGUACAAGGGUGAUGGCGCUCGCAUUAUCGGUGCAUCGGUGCUGCAGCUGCUCAACUCGGCAACAUGGAAGCUGGCCCUUCCGCACUCGGCUACCGCACUGUACACUCUGGACGGCCGCCGACUCAUCGACAAGCAGGCUGGCGACGAGUCGGGAGCGCGCGUGCGCAGGCGGCGAGACCUGCAUCGAGAUCUGCGCCCACGCCCACCUCCAGGACCGGUUGUGGCUCUUCAUGAUCUGCCUAACGAUACCCAUGUUCUCGUGGCGACUCUCUCGCGCAAGUCGGUGGGCCCUGUCCACCGCCGCCAGGCUCCCGCGCACGCCGGCGAGGCCGGCACCGGGGGGAACAAGUGUGCUGCCCCGUCGGCCCGGCUGGAGCCGCGCAAGGCCAUCACGCUUCAGGCCGUGCCCAACGGCGCUCCACCGCAGAUCAAGCCAGCCCGGAUCUGCGGUCAAGAAGUAGAGGCGCUGCUCGACGAUGCCACCCGCAAGCUCAAGCUCCCGCGCCGGGCCGCGCGGUUCUUCACCGCAGACGGCAAGCCUCUCGUUCCAGCGGCACUGGCUGACUUGGACCACGGCGCCUCGGUGGUGGUCUCGUGCGGCGAACCGUUCCAUACGUUUGGCACCGUUGUUGCGAGCUCGUCGGUCAAGCCGAUCAGCCCGUCGUCGCCGCUCCUCGUCCCGCCUGUCCCACACUACACGGUCCGCGCCAACACGACAGGUAUGCACGGUCGCCGCGAGCGCGUGGCUCGCAUCACUGCAACACACCCGGUCAAGUUCCUUGAUCUUGCCACCCAGAGCCUGGAACUCAUGACUGCGGCACGGACUGUGUAUCUUCCCAGCGGCGAGAAGCUGUUCGACCAGGAAACGAGUGUCGAAGACUUUGAGGCCGCCCUUGAGCGGGUGGCAGAUACAGACGAGCUGGUUGUCGCCACCGGUGAGCCGUUUGUUCCCAAAAACGCGCCGCAAAAGUCAGGCAACCCCGCUCUGCGCCGCAUCACGCCGCUCUCGCCCGACUCGACCCUUGUUCGCUCGAGUGCGCCGCACUUUGACGCCAUGCGCAACGGCUAUCCCGGGCGGUCGGUCCGUGUUGCUGGACUCAAUCUGGAUUCCAUGCUGGAGAUGGCAACCCGGCGGCUGGCGCUGCCGUCGGCGGCACGGCGGGCAUUUCUGGUCAACGGCACCGAGAUUGUGGGCGAUGCUGCGGCUGCAACGCCGUCUGAUCCUGCCGAGGCGGCGAGCCCGCAGAGCAGCAAGGCUCGCAAGACCGUCAGCUACGCCGAGGCCGAACGAGGAAGUCAAGUCUUGAUCUCGAUGGGCGAGCCGUGGCAUGCUCCCGAUGACGACUCGACCAUCCUGUUGACGGCUGCCCCGCCGUUGACGCUUGACUCGAGCCUGGUAAGCGGCGGGAGGCCCAAAACAGUUGUUGUUCUUGCCACCGUCAACUACGGACCCGCCAAGGCCAAGGCAGUGCGCCUCGCAGCACGGACCGUGCGUGAGCUGCUGACUCUCGCCACUGAGCGGCUUGGCCUCCCUCGCGCCGCUGUCCGGGCCUACGAGGUCGGAUCGGGCUUUGAGCUGGUCGACAAAGAAUCGCCGAUUCCGCCCAAGCCUGUAGACGGCAAAGACUUGGACAAGUGGCAGACCACCGUGGUGUCUGUCCAGGCCAAGCGCGAGCGGGAGGUCCCGCUCGAUCAUCUCCCGCAUCUCACUCGGGUCACCAUCUCGCUCGGCGAGCCGUACUGCGAGCCUGGCAAGCCGCGUCGGCGGAGUAGUCGCAUGGUUCAACGAGAGCUGGCCAUCACCCUCGCCACCCGACCCAAGACCCGCGUCCGCGUCUUUUCCACCUUGAGCGCCAUCCGCAAUGGCGCCCGCGGCGCCCUGGUCGUGGCCGGCUCGCUCGACGAGCUCCUGGACGAUGGCACUGAAGCGCUGGGCCUUGCGCGUCCAGCCGUCCGGGUCUACGAUGUCAACGGUUCACGUGUUACUGACUUUGCGGCAAUUGGCUGGCACCGGCUCGGACGUCGGUGA